AUGGCGACCAUCCUAGAAUCCAAAACUGCUUUGUCGGUGGUGGCUGAUACCGAGCGAGAAGGCAAGGAUGCUGAUGCCUUCGAUCUUCGGCUAGAGAGGCGGCUAGUGCGUAAGAUGGAUAUGUAUAUUAUCCCGGUGUACAUGAUUACCUAUAUGUUCAGUUUCAUUGACCGCGUCAAUAUCGGUAAUGCAAAAGUCGCCGGACUUGCGCAUGAUCUUCAUCUUCAAGGAAGCGAAUACAAUGUCGCUGUGUCCAUCUUUUAUGUGACAUAUGUUAUUUUCGAGAUUCCGUUAACUGUUCUGCUAAAGUUGGUUGGGCCGUCUCGACUGAGCUGGUCCCUUAUCACCAUCUUCAGCGGCUUUCUCCAAAAUUACACUGGCUUUAUUAUCGUUCGCCUACUCUUGGGACUCUGCGAAUCGGCAUUCUUCCCAUCUCUCAAUCUCUAUGUGUCAAUGUUCUGGAAGCGAGACGAAAUUGCCAAGCGAGCAAUUGCCCUGAUGGUAUCAAUGUCUCUUGCAGGCGCCUUUGGCGGUUUGUUGGCCUACGGACUUGUUCAAAUGGAUGGAAUCGGCGGCUAUGCGGGUUGGAGAUGGCUUUACUUUAUCGAAGGACUGAUCUCGUUCGUCUUUGCAGUCGCAUGCUUCUGGUUGCUCCCUGAUAACCCGGAAACAGCUUACUUCCUUACUUCUGAAGAGCGGGAGUUGGGGAAGAAGAGGCUCAUCUCGCAGGGUAAUUACGAAGAGUUCAGCUUUCAGGAUGUAAAAGCGGCUCUGAAGUCACCCAUUUGCUGGCUCUCCAGCGUGGUUCAAAUAGCAGCUUGUGUUCAAGUAUACAGUAUGAGCACAUUCCUGCCUAUUAUCGUGAAUGGAUUGGGCUACAGCAGCCUCCAGUCACAGUACCUCACGAUACCAGUCUACAUUACCGGUGCACUUGGCGUCUUUGCGGCUGGCUACAUAGCAGACUAUUACCAAGCGCGUGCUCCGAUCCUCUUGAGCUUCAGUCUCCCAGUAAUCGCCGGCUACGCCACACUGCUUGGGACUGACAAUCCAGCUGUGAAUUAUUUCGGGUGCUACCUGGUCGUUUUCGGAAGUUACGUGUACCCUGGACUGAAUUUGACCUGGCUCAAUGGAAACACCGCGCCGCACUACAAGCGAGCUGCGGCUGUUGCAAUGAACCAGACCAUUGGCAACAUUGGGGGAAUUAUUGCUGGGCAAAUCUAUUUAGCGAGGGAGUCACCACGCUAUAAGACUGGUCAUGCUGUUAGCUUGUCAGGUCUCUCGCUGGCGUGGGUUGUGACCUGGAUUCUAUGGGCUCAUCUGAGGAGGGAGAAUGGCAAGAAAGAACAACAGAUAAGGGAUGAUGUGAAGGAUGCGGGGAGAGGAGACACCAAACUCGAUUUCAAAUACCAGCUAUAA